AAAACAGAACGGCCAAAAGCACACAAGCCGAAUUGAACAGGGCCACGUCGUCAUUUCUAAAACCAAUUAGUAUCCAUUUUUUUCUGACCGCCACCAAAUCUAAAAACCUAGACUCCAAAAUCCUAAACAAGCCCAAAGCAAAACGAAGCUAAUAUCAGAAUUCAAUUUCCGGCAAUGGGGACAUCAAUCGAAGCAGCCGUGGAAUCGUUGUGCCAAAUAAAGUCAAACGAGCCGCCGGUGUGGCUUGUGCCGAAACAAGAGCUCUCAAAAGCUGUUCGAGAGGCGUUGAAGCACCUCUUCUCGAGCCUGAAACCUCACAGUCCAAAGUCUCCGUUUGAUCAACUUCUGAUCGAAGGGUUUGACGCGGAGCAGAUAUGGCAACAGAUUGACCUCCAAUCACAGCCGCUAUUAUCCACCCUCCGACGCGAGGUCAAGAAGUUCGAGAAGCAUCCAGAGGAGAUUUCCAAGCUCAAGGAAGCUGUAGAAGGAGGAAAGAAGAAAAAGGUUCUAGAAGACAAUGAGACUGAUAAUGUUGAUGACGAUGACGGCAAAGACAAUGAUGAUAUGGAUAUGGAUAUGGAUAUGGUUGAAGAUGAAGAUGAAGAUGAAGAUGAUGAUAAUGAGGAGGAGGGGGAGGAGAGAGGAAGGGAAGAAGAAGAUGAGAGUGAAGGAGAGGAAAAAGGAGGGAUAGAGGAUAAAUUUUUAAAAAUUAAGGAAUUGCAAGAGUAUUUAGAGGAGGAUGAAGCUAGAGAAUUUGGCUUGAAGCAGAAGAAGAAAACAAAGACAGAAGCUAAGAAGGAUGAAGAAGACACCGAAAAAGAUGAUGAUGAUGAUGAUGAAGGAGAAGAAGAAGAAGAAAAUGAUGAUGAUAAUAAUGAUGAGACAGAGGAGGAGGAGGACGUGCUUGAGCUCUUUGAUGAGGAUGAUGAAGACAACUUGGAAAAUGCCAGAUAUGAAGAUUUUUUCAGCAGAAAAAAGAAUAAGGGUCCCAAGGAGAAAGCCAAAUCUAGAGACUGGUUAGAAGAAGAUUCAGGAGCAGAUGAUGAACAAGAUGCUUCUAAGGUAGUGGGAAAUCAGAGAAAGGAUGGCCUUUCUAGUCAUGAAAAGGAACUUGAAAACCUUAGAUCUAAAAUAGAGCAGAUGGAGAAAGCAAACAUGGAUCCAAAAGUUUGGACAAUGCGUGGAGAGGUAACUGCUGCACAAAGGCAAAAGAAUAGUGCAUUAGAAGUUGAUUUAGAUUUUGAGCACAAUGUCAGGCCUGCCCCCGUAAUCACAGAGGAGGUUACUGCAUCACUUGAAGAUUUGAUUAAGACUAGGAUCAACGACGGGCGGUUUGAUGAUGUUCAAAAGGCUCCCACUUUAUCAUCUAAAGCACCAAGAGAGAUCAAAGAGCUGGAUGAGAAUAAGAGCAAGAAGGGUCUUGCUGAAGUUUAUGAGGAAGAAUUUGUCCAGAGGACAGAUCCAGCCUCUGCCCCAUUAUCCUUCUCAGAUGAACUAAAAAAAGAGGCCAGUAUGCUGUUCAAGAAACUUUGCUUGAAGUUGGAUGCUCUUUCUCAUUUUCACUUUACUCCAAAACCUGUUGUUGAGGACAUGUCUAUACAAACAAAUGUCCCCGCACUUGCCAUGGAAGAGAUUGCACCCAUGGCCAUCUCAGAUGCAGCUAUGCUGGCUCCAGAAGAAGUGUUUGCUGGUAAAGGUGAUAUUAAAGAAGAAGCAGAACUCACGAAGGCAGAGAGGAAGAGGAGGAGGGCUAAUAAGAAAAGGAAAUUUAAGGCUGAAGCAGCAAAAAGGAUGGCUAAAAAGCCACGACAGAACACAUCACUUAACAGCGAUGAAGGCAAGGAAGAAUAGUGACUUACUUUCCUUGAGUAUGGGGGAUCUCCUGAAUCCUUUUAACUUGUGUUUUGAAGUUUGGGACAUGAGCACGUGUCUAAAAGAGGAAGUAAGUUAGUCAAUGUUACUCUUAUCUCUAUCUAGGUUUUGUAUGUGCAAGGGAAACAAAAUACAAGGAGCUGGGAGGGAAGUCAGUUACCUGGAUUUUACUCUUAAGAAUAGGUAUGGAUACAAGUUUUGAUAGAUAAUUUAGUGAGCUAAUGUUUAAUGUUUAAUAGCACUUGUGCCAAAUCAAGUCGAUAAUUGCCCUUUUUUUUUUUUUUUUGUUACGAAUUCAGCUCAUAUAAUUGUUUCUUUCAUGUUUAUUUAAAAAUUAAAUUGAACCUGUAUGGUAUCAUGUUAAAGCAACAAUGAAGGGUGAAAAAAGAGUCACGAUUAGAUCUAGUUGCAGUUUGUUGUUUCCUCUAUCUAUGGAAAAAUUCCCUUGAUAUUUUUGGUUCUAUUUGUUCAAGUUUUCUUCAAGCAUGUCAGUGGCUUUUCCCCGUUAUCCUGUUCCUUUCAUUCGCUUUUUCUACAAGCUUCAGGUGGAUCCAACCUGUCACAAAAUGUAUUAUCUAUGAUAUGUUCAGCCCCUAUAAAUCAACCCUUAUGUCUUCUAGAGCUGUAACAGUGAAAUUGGCUUCUAUUCCUGUUUAAUUCUAAAAUUUUUAAUGCUUAAGAGAGCAUGAUCAUGUAAAAUACCUCAUGAUUGAUACAAUGACGUAGCAGAAAAUUUGCAAACACUAUUUUAUUAAAUACUGAUUUCUCAACCCAUUCUGAUACAACUAGCAUUCUUAUAAUGGGUCCCAAGUUUUGAAAUUGAGCAACCCAUUUCAAAGCAAGUGUAAUAAAUGGUUAAUGAGAUAUAUAUUAUGAUUGCCAGCCA